GAACGCACAAUCCGCGCCAUGCACAUCAUGCCUUCCGCUGCCAUUCCAGGACCCGAGGCCGCGCUGCGUCUGCUGCAGUUCGUCAACGCCUCUCCGACGCCGUUCCAUGCGGUACACAACGCUGCUGCGCGAUUGGAGAAGGCCGGUUUCCAGAAGAUCUUGGAGAAGGAUGCCUGGGAGAAGAGCAUUACGCCUGGCGGAAAGUACUACUUCACACGAAACCAAGCUACCCUCGUCGCAUUCACCCUGCCCGCCAAUUAUAAACCCGAGGAAGGGACCGGCGUAAGCAUUGUUGCGACACAUGUCGACUCGCCGAAUCUGAAGGUUCGACCAGUUUCCAAGCGCACUAAGGAAGGCUACUUGCAGGUUGGCGUUGAAACGUUCGAUCGGGACCUCUCUCUUGCUGGGCGCGUCGUCACUGGAAACGCGGGUAAUUUCAAGUCCAAGCUGCUCAAGAUCGAUCGUCCGAUCCUGCGAAUCCCUAAUCUGGCCAUUCACUUGGACCGGGACGUAAACCAGGGUUUCAAGUUCAACAAGGAAACCGAAUUUGUGCCUAUUCUAGGCCAGAUUGCUGCGCAGUUCAACGAAGCACCCGCUCAGGCUGCAGACGACAAGGGGACAAACAGCAUCAGGAACAACCACCACUCGGCUCUUUUGGAUCUGCUUGCGACAGAGCUGAGCAUUGCCCCAGAGGAAAUCUACGACUUCGAGCUGUCUCUCUACGACACUCAAGCCUCCGUACUGGGAGGCUUGAAUCAUGAAUUUAUCUUCAGUCCUCGGAUGGACAACCAAUUCUCUUCAUUCUGUGCGGUCGAGGCUUUGGCCCAGUACGCCACCAGCCCUGAAUUCGAGGGCUACGAGGGUAAUGUGAACUGCAUCUCUCUCUUCAACCAUGAAGAGAUCGGCAGUGUCUCCACAACUGGGGCAGAAUCUUCUGUUCUCCCGUCUUUCAUUAACCGACUAGCGCCAUCUCCGGGAGCAAAUGCUCGGAGCAUCGCGCAAUCGUUCCUUCUUUCGUGCGACAUGGGCCAUGCUGUUCAUCCCAACUACGCCUCGAAACACGAAGACAACCACAAACCCGUCAUGAACGGUGGUGUGGUGAUCAAGACGAAUGCGGGGCAGCGCUACGCUUCAGAUGCCGUGACUACUUUCGUAGUACGCCAAUUGGCUGAGCGGAAAGGCGGCAGAACGCAAGAGUUCGAAGUCCGUAACGACAUGUCAUGCGGGUCGACCGUUGGGCCUGGGCUGUCGGCAUUAGGCCUCAAGACCUGCGAUGUCGGAUUUGGGCAGCUUUCGAUGCACUCCAUUCGUGAGACAGCUGGAUCUCACGAUGCCCAACAUGCCAUCGACCUGUUCCGUUCUCUGUUUGAGAACUACGCUCAGAUCCAGUCAACCCUGACGGUAGAUUGAUAGUGGUACAUGUCAUGCAAUGCAAGGGCUCUC